AUGGAUUUGAAUGGUGAUUCUGGUUGGAACACAGCCAACCUCAAGCCAUCUCUCUGGCUUGAAUUCCUCAGUAUCUUAUCCCCUUCUUUCGAUUUGAUUCCUUUCCGACAUGAAUUCAAUCUCCGAGCAAAACAUGAUAUGAGUUUCCUCAGAGGUAUAAUCGAUUCCUUGAACUCAGUUUUCACCGAAGUAGACAACAAUCAUCGUUACGAACAAUCCAAACACGAUCGCACCGUGUCAACCUCUUCUAAUCCCAUGAGCGGCGUCGAUGGUGGAGGACCAGUUACUAACGAACGAGUUGCGUAUAAGCUCAAAGGAUACUUCGAUUUAGCGAAAGAAGAAAUCGCUAAAGGUGUUAGAUCAGAAGAGUGGGGUUUACAUGAAGACGCUCUUCUUCAUUACAGAAACGCUCAGAGGAUCAUGAACGAAGCUAGUUCUACGCCUUGUACUUCCUAUAUCAGUUCCAGUGAGAAAGAGAAGGUGAGAUUGUAUAGAGAGAAGAUUUUGAAGUGGCAGAGUCAAGUAUCUGGGAGAUUGCAAACUCUGAGUAAACGUACAGGUGUUGGAAUGUCUGAGAAUAAGAGAGCUGUACCAUCUCCUUCUUCAGCUUCUGUUUCCACAGCGUCAAAUAGAAGAAUUUCAUCACAAAGGACUUCACUUCCCAGAGGUGGCACUGGAAUGGCAAGGAGUCCUAGAAAUGCUACUACAAACCCAAAACCUGUGAAAGAAUCUGCAAGUGGAUACGAUGAUAAGUUAGUGGAGAUGAUAAACACAACGAUAGUGGAUAGAAGUCCAUCUGUGAAGUGGGAUGAUGUCGCUGGACUUGAUGGAGCUAAACAAGCGUUAAUGGAGAUGGUUAUCUUACCAGCAAAACGAAGAGAUUUAUUCACUGGUCUCCGAAGGCCAGCUAGAGGUUUGCUUCUCUUUGGCCCGCCUGGUAAUGGAAAAACAAUGCUUGCCAAGGCAGUUGCUUCUGAGUCUCAGGCAACGUUCUUCAAUGUCUCAGCAUCUUCUUUGACAUCAAAAUGGGUGGGUGAGGCUGAAAAGCUAGUUAAAACGUUGUUUCAAGUUGCAAUAUCCAGACAACCGUCUGUAAUUUUUAUGGAUGAAAUAGAUAGUAUAAUGUCUACAAGGUCGAUCAGUGAGAAUGAAGCAAGCAGAAGGUUGAAAUCAGAAUUCCUUAUCCAGUUUGAUGGUGUGACUUCUAAUCCUGAUGAUUUGGUGAUUGUCAUAGGAGCUACUAACAAGCCACAGGAAUUGGAUGAUGCGGUGCUUAGAAGACUGGUGAAGAGAAUAUAUGUACCAUUGCCGGAUACAAACGUGAGAAAACUACUUUUUAAAACUAAACUGAAGUGCCAGCCUCACUCGUUAUCCAGUGGCGACAUUGAUAAAAUCGUCAGAGAAACCGAAGGAUACUCAGGAAGUGAUCUACAAGCAUUGUGUGAAGAAGCUGCAAUGAUGCCAAUCAGAGAACUCGGUGCUAAUAUUCUUACCAUCCAAGCAAAUAAAGUGAGACCGCUAAAGUAUGAUGAUUUUCGGAAAUCAAUGGCAGUGAUUAGACCAAGCUUGAGUAAAAGCAAAUGGGAAGAGCUUGAACGUUGGAACUCUGAGUUUGGCUCUAAUUGAAUCACUUCUUGUGUAUAGUGCUUCUCUUGUAAAAAGACUAUUGUGAUAUGGUGUAUAGUCUAAAAACAAUCGAAAUUUUUACACCUUAAAGGAAAAUUUAUAUUAAAAAUCAAGGUACAAGCU